AUGAAAUUAAAGAGUUAGAUAAGGAGCGAAAGGAAAUCCUUUCCGUUGAGAUAGAGACUAACUUACAAGAUUUAAAAACAGUAGAUAAAGGGGUGUUUUUAGAAGUAUUGGAUUUGAAGAGUAGUAUGGCGAUUUUAGCAUUAUUAGCAAAACCAGCUAUUGCCGGGUUAUUAAAAUUUGUGAUUGGAGCAGGAUUGGCUUAUUUUGCCGCUAAGCCGGUGAUUGAGAGGUGGGGUUCUACUCCUGCCAAUCGGGCCGAACAAUUAGGCGUUCCUCGCGAUCGCUUGUAUGAAGAUUACAAAAAAUUUCGUGAAGAUAAGAAAAAAUAUCUUCAAGAGCGAAAUGAAGAACAUAAUAAGCAAUUGUUAGAUGAAUUGGCUGAAUUAAAAAAGAAGUUAGAAAAAUUAGAACAACAAAAAACUAAGCAAGCCCAAGAAAUUUCUGAAGAAUCCGACCCCACCGAAAAAGCGAAAAAAGUUGCUGCGAUGCAAGAUACCGAAAAAGAAAUAGCCACGAUUAAAAAGGAGAUCAGUGAAAAAGAAAAGCAGAUUGAAAAGAAUAACAAAGAAUUGGAAAAAGUUUUUGAUGAUAUUGGCAAACUUCCUAAUUUAACCGAGGAGCAACUUAUUUCUAA